CAUUGGCGAAAAGCGACGGCUACUCUAUUCGUUUGCCUUGUUUUAAAAAAGGGGCUUUAAUUUUACAAAAUUAACACUACUGGCGAAAUAUUAGAAAACACGCCGCCUCAAUUAUCUACAACAGCCAACAAUGUCAUACGCGGACCUAAAAGAUGUCGUUAAGGAGGAGGCAAGCGAAUCAGAAAACAGCCUCAUGGACUUGUAUAGUAAUGUAUACAUCAAACAAGAGACAGUUGGUGUUGUGGAAGAAGAACAAAGCAAGAAAGAGCAGCUGGAUCUGUGUGCAGAUCAUGAAAUCAAGGAAAAGUUGGUCAUAGAACCUGUAGUGUUACAGCCUGUUGAUUUAGAUCAAGAAAAAUUAGUGCAGAAAACACCUGAUGGGUUGAGUGUCGAUACUCGCUUAUACAAGUGUGAUAUUUGCAAUAAAUGUUUUACAAGAAAACAGAAACUUAAAAGUCACAUGAUGAUCCACACUGGACAAAAACCAUACAAAUGUGAUCACUGUGACAAAUUUUUUGGCAGUAUAGUAAGUUUUGUUACACAUUUAAGGACUCAUACUGUGGAGAAACUAUAUAAAUGUGGUAAGCUACAUAUUAUGACCCAUAAUGGAGAAAAACCUUACAAGUGUGAUAUAUGCAAUAAAUGUUUUAUCAGAAAACAAACACUUAAAACUCAUAAAAUGACUCAUUCUGGUGAAGAGAUAAGAGAGAUGGUUGUAGGUCCAACGGUGUUGCAGCCUUCUGCUGCAGCUCAAGCAAAAUGUGUGCAAGUUGGGGUUGCAGUAGAACACACUAAGAAGGAGUUGGAUAUGUAUGCUGAUCAUGAAAUCAAGGAAGAGUUGGUGAUAGGACCUGUGGAGUUGCAACCUACUGAUUUAGAUCAAGCAAGAUGUGUGCAGAACACCCUUGAUGGGGUGAAUGUUGAUAAUCGUCCAUACAAGUGUGAUGCAUGCAAUAAAUGUUUUGCAAUGAAAGUUUAUCUUAAGCAACAUAAAAGGACCCAUUCUGGUGUAAAACCAUAUAAGUGUGAUACAUGCAAUAAAUGUUUUAAAACAAAACGGACACUUAAAUUUCAUAUAAUGACCCAUAUUAGAGAAAAACCAUACAAAUGUGAUCAGUGUAACAAUUUUUUUGCCAGCAAAGCAAGUUAUUGUAAUCAUUUAAAAAUCCAUACUGGAGAGAAACCGCAUGAGUGUCAUAUUUGCAAUAAAAGUUUUAUAACAAAAAGUCAGCUUAAAUGUCAUGUAAUUGCUCAUACUAAUCCGAAACCACACAAAUGUCAUAUUUGCAAUAAAUCUUUUACAAAAAAACAUGCGCUCAAAACUCAUACAAAGGUGCAUACUGGUGAGAAACCAUAUAAAUGUGACUACUGUAACAAAAUUUUUGCUAUUAAAUCAAAUUGUAUUAGGCAUUUAAAGACUCAUACUAGAGAGCAACGGUACACGUGUGAUAUUUGUAAUGAAUGUUAUACAACAAAAGAUGAACAUAAAUGUCAUAACAUUUUUUUUUACUAAAAAGUACGAUGGGCAAGUUUGUAAGAACCUUUGGCGUAACACCAACAGUGAUGUAGGUAUGGGCUUAAUGAUUAUGUGCUUGUUUAG